AUGAACGGAAACACCCACCACGCAGUAACUCGAGUGGCGAUCGUCACUGGUGCCUCGAAGGGCAUUGGCCGCGACAUCGCGCUGCGACUUGCUGACGAUGGUCUCGACGUGACAAUCAACUCGCGCAACGCUGCUGAGCUCGAAGUGGUCGCUGAGGAGAUCCGAGCGAAGGGCCGCAAGGCACUGGCAUUCGUCGGCGACGUCUCGGACGAAGAAGUCGUUCAGAGCAUGGUUGAAAAGACGGUAGAGGUCCUUGGAAGACUUGAUGUGAUGGUGGCGAAUGCAGGGACUGCUGUCGUAUCGCGGGUGGUUGACAUGAGCCUGAAGGACUGGAACUACUGCAUGGACAGUAAUCUGGCCAGUGUGAUGCUUUGCUACAAGUAUGCUGCACGCCAGAUGAUCAAACAAGGCGAGGGAGGGAGAAUCCUCGGUGCGUCGUCUAUUCUUGGCAAGAAAGGCGGUCCCGAGGUCUCGGCCUACGUUGCAACAAAAUUUGCAAUCCGGGGACUUACACAGUGCCUGGCUAUCGAACUUGCACCACACAAAAUCACUGCCAACACGUAUGCACCAGGUGUUAUCCUGACACCAUUGACGAAUAUCGAUGUCCUCGACAAGCAAUACGGUGGGACCCAUGGGGCGUUCACGAAGCAUGUUUGCGGCAUAGCACCGGACGGCCCCCACUCAUCGGGAGACACCGUCGCCAGUCUGGUGUCAUAUCUGGCGAAGCCCGAGGCUUAUUUUAUCACCGGGCAAACAAUUGUCAUGGACGGAGGCGUUGUCAUGAGCUAG